CGGCGGCGACGGCGGCAGCUGUCGGGAAUCAUGACUGAAGAUGACGGAUGCCGCGGCGGUGGUGGAGGGCCCGCUCAAGUGGAGGGACGGCAAGAAGUGGAAGAACCGAUGGGCGGUGCUGCGCAAGCCUUCCCCGGUGGCCGAUUGUUUACUCCUGCUGGUAUAUAAGGACAGGUCUGAACGACUGAAAGGUCUGAAGGAGCGAAGCAGCAUAACUUUGGAAGACAUCUGUGGCCUUGACCCUGGGCUGUGUUAUGAGGGUCUGAAUCAUGCUCUCGCCAUCAUCUGUUUGACUCAGGUGGUUGUACUGGGUUUCGAGAACAAGGAAACUAUGCAGGCCUGGGAUGUUCGGAUCCGCUAUAGUUUAGGUGAAGUUCACAGGUUUCAUGUUGUGGUAGCCCCUGGAACUAAACUGGAAAGUGGUCCAGCUACUCUCCACUUCUGCAAUGAUAUUCUAGUGCUAGUAAAAGAUAUCCCACCAACGAUAAUGGGGCAGUGGAAACUCUCUGAUCUGCGACGCUACGGAGCUGUUCCGAAUGGAUUCGUCUUUGAAGGAGGAACUCGGUGUGGUUUCUGGGCUGGUGUGUUUUUCCUCUCUUGCAUGGAUGGUGAGAAGAUCAGCUUUUUGUUUGACUGUAUUGUUCAUGGCAUCUCCCCAAUGAAAGGCCCUUUUGGCUUGCGUCCAGUCCUGCCAGACCCCAGUGCAAAUCCCACCAGCAUGGAAGAAAGAGUGGCCCAUGAAGCUUUGCAGUUAGAGAAACGCCUGAGCCUUCUGUCUCACACCAGUCAUCAUGGCGUUGGAGGUGAUGACAGAAGUUUGUCCAGUUCAUCUUCAGACACAAGCCACUCUGAUGCCAGUAUUGGAAGUAGGUUGACAAUCUGGCCUGACCAUUCUUCAGCCAGUACUUCUCAAGAGAGUCAUGGACUUGCUGCAGCAAAAGGUAUUCACCUUGGGGAAGAAAAAGCCCAUGUAGAAGGUACUCACAGUAUCGCCAAACCCCCUCCUAAACAUCCUCGCUCCAGGCAGUUACAAGAGAUAGGCCGCCAAAGUUCUUCUGACAGUGGAAUAGCUACUGGGAGUCACUCUUCUUACUCUGGAAGUUUCUCUUCCUACUCUGGGAGCCUGGACAUUAGCCACGGCGAUGAAUUUGGAUCCCUCUUGAGCCUGCCACUAAACCUUCCUCCAGACCAGAACGUGUGCACUUGCCCACCUGGCGAGCAUCCAAGGAGCUCUAGCUUGGAGUACCAAGUUCCUAGCUCUCUUAGACAUGCCUAUGACACUCCCAGGAGUUUGCUACAGGUAGCUGCUAAAGAUGUGCAGACCACAAGUUCAGAUUCCUUGCUAUCCAAGGACCAGGACCAGGCAACUCAAGGAGUUAGUGAUCUGAAAUUGCUGACAACACAUCAAGAUGCACAAGCCAGUUCCAAGGCCAGCCAGGCAGCCUUUACUGUGGAAAACACCAAAGACUUGAGUACUGAGGCAAGCAUGGAUUUUGUUUCACGGUGGUCACAUCUAAGACAGCAAGGACAGGUGUUGGACUCUGGAAGUGCUGAGGUGACGUCAACAGGUGGCAUCUCCAGUAGUGUGUGCAAAAUAUGUAGCUCUCCCCCUGGGAUAGUGCAGCCUCUCUUUUCAUCUUGUCCAGUCUGCGGUGGGCUAAAGGAAACUGCAGUUUUAUCAUCUGGAGUCUUACCAUCUAUACCAGGUUCUUCUGCUAUGGCAGCUUCUUGGAGUCUGAAAGCACAUAAAGGACAAACUUUGCAAGCUGGUCUUAAAGGAAGUUAUGAGUUGAUGGCGGCAUCCACAGAAGCUGGGUCACCACCUGAUCCUGAGGAGCUGGGUGACCCACUCUUUUUCUUUGCGGGUGCAGUAGGUAAUUUGGCAGAUCUUGCAGUGACUGAUCGAAUGUGCAGUGAGACAGCAACCUAUGUCAAUAUUCCUACCAGCCCUUCAUCAAAGAAACAGCUUCAUUACAUGGAGCUAGAACUUCAGGAAUCCAGCACAAAUAUAAGAGGGAGCGGGUCAACCAAAUAUGCACAGAUUGACAUUGCAGCAACAGAGACGGCCCACAAAGUGGGGACGCAGCACGCACAGUUUCGAGAAGAACGGCUGCAAGAACUCGAGCAGAAGAAGAAAGGAGGCCCCUCGUCCUGUUCUUAG